GAAGACAGAACGGUCACUUUGAAAACUUAUGUGAUACGGGCAGAUGUGAACAUCUUUGCUGCAGUGAAUAUCUUAAUAAUCACGAUGAAUCCACAAAUCUGUAUGCCUGACUUCGGCGCUUCCGAAAGUUGUGAGUUUCAACCUAUGAAUGAUUACUUAGGAUUGAGUGCCUUACUACUGUCUAGCAGUACUGGUAGUUCAUCCAGCAGUGGUGGCUCAGAGUCGACCAGUUUCGAGUUUGAUACAGACUUAGAUCGUCUGCAUUUCGAAUUUCGUACCAAUGGUAUUGACAGGGAACUCGACCCAGAAGACUUCGAUUCCUGCUCAGGCUUUCAGCCAUUUAAUCCAUUAGAACUGUCUUUCCUGGACAAGAAGGUGAAAGCUGGUAGUUCAAAGAAGGGGCGCCGCCGAAUCUCGCCAGACUGGUGUGUGUUUUGUAAGAAUAAUGGUGAAAUGGAAAGCGUUUAUAUGAGCCAUAUCCUGAAGAACGUAGAUGGGAAAGUCAGAUGCCCGAUCCUUCGAAAAUACACCUGUCCGAUUUGUGGAAUGAAUGGGGACCACGCUCACACAAUAAAGUACUGCCCCCAUAAUCGUGAAGAAGAGAGGCAACAACCAGUAACACUGAGAACACCGCGCACGUCGACAGGAUGCAGGAAAGACAUCAGAAUAUCUCAAUAGAGUGAAUAUCAGAAUUAUUAUCUCGUUUACAAAAAAGUAAUUUUAACUAUUUAACUGUUAAUGUACAGUGUUUCUUGUACCUGCACUUCCAAAACUUGUGCCAUUUUUUCAAAUUUCAAAAAGUGUAAAGUUUUCUAGCUCGUACAAUCUUAUUUCAUCAGUAUGCUUUGUCAAAAGCCUUUAAUUUAAUUCUGUGAAUAUGUAUGUAGAAAUUGUACCUCGUUUAUUUUUCUUUUAAUGACGUUAUGUUUUAUAAGGUUUUGCCAGGAUUUUACCAAAUAAUAAGAAUGUUUCAUAGGAUUUUAGUAGAUUGCAGUUUGUAAAUACAAACAAUUAUUGUAAUGGCUUUAAAUUUCAAGUGAAUAUUUAAAAAUUAGAAGUGGAAUAAAUUAAUUUGAAUUUUACAUUUAGAAACUGCCAGUUUAUGACCUUGUUAUAUAUAGAAAAAAUAGUCCAAUGUUCCUACUAUGGCUUUAACAAAUUUAAAACAAUUCCAAUAAGAAAACCAAAAAGUUUAAUGUAUUUAUAUUACUAUUGUAUAUAUGGCACUUUCGUUUGAUAUAUUAUUUAUAGUUUUUCUUUAAUAAACUCGAAAAUUGACAAGCUGAAA